AUGGGUUCGCAUCACCUCAAACUUAGGCCCAAUUAUCCUCGCAGUAGGACAGGCUGUCUCACAUGCCGUGUCCGCAAGAAGAAGUGCGACGAGCUGAAGCCACGCUGUGCUGGUUGUCGUCGCAAUCAAAUCGCCUGUGAAUGGCCGAGCGUGGUCUCAGAUCCUUUACCAGUAUUCAUACACCACGAUUCGCCGCCCUCGACGAGUGUGACGAUCAACGAUCCCGGCCAGUCUGAUCACUCCGUUGUCACCAGCGACCUGCUCGCCCAUGGAGGGUCAGUACUAGGAAUAAUACAACCUAAACCGCAGGCUCUGAACACCGUCGACAGAGCAGCUGGCCUAACCCCCCUAUCUCUGCUGCUGCUCAGGCAUUACGUGCAGGAGACUGGCCCCGCCCUGGCCAUGAGGACACCAAGCGACAGCCCUUUCCUGACCACCGUCCUGCCACUCGCUUACAUGGAUGACCUUCUCAUGCAUAGCCUCCUAGCAUUAAGUGGAACUCAUCUAGCCUACAAACAGGGAUCCGAUCACGGUAUCUUGCACGCCACAGCACUGCAUUACUCCAAGGCACUAUCAGGCCUGCGACAUGAAUUUGCUCAUCUCCAAGACGGAACCUCGCCACAGGAACCGCGGCUACUUUUAGUGCUAAUGAUAAUAUGUCAUUAUGAGUCAUUAUCAGCCGAUGUUGGAGGUGCUGUAUUCAGCCAUCUCAAAGCAGGCCGACAGCUGGCCUUGUCGCUCCAGUCAAGGCUCAAAUCCCAGCCCGAUCGCCGGACGAUCGAUAAUGAGAUUGCCGGUUUCGCCCUUGAGAUAUAUGCUUAUCUGCUUUUCGUCAACAACGUGACGCCGUACGGGGCUAUUUCGAAUCGGACAUUGCCGUUUGAUGACUUCGUUCUGUCACUAGACUCGUUAAGCUCUUUCUCGACCUUUGGGACCAUGUUUGCCGGUGCACACGAACUCUUUGAGCUAAUUCCACAGAUCAGCCUCCUAGCUUCCCAGAGCAUUGCUGAGGAGUCCGCAGGCCAAAAGACGCCGUCUUCUGAGUUACUUGCCAGAGCAGAAGACUUGUCAGCGCGGAUUAGCUCUUGGACCAUGGCGGAAACAAGAUGCACGGGACGUCCUGGAGACUGGGAAGGGAAGCUAUUGGCAGCUGCGGCGCUUCAGCAAGGGCUGCACAUAUAUCUUGCCACUGCCAAAGCCGGGUCGACGGUCAAAGACCCGGCUGUAGCGGUCCAGAUUCAGGGUCACGUCGACGCUAUCUUGCAUAUCACGGAGAUGUUGACUGAUUCAGAGUUCGACUGUACCUUGCUAUGGCCCUGCGUCAUUGGCGGCUCGUGUAUGGUGAUACCGGAGCAGCAGCGAAACUUCACGCUGAGAGUUCUCAAUAAUCGGCAUAGAAUGAAGCACCUCAAGACCAUCUGCGAUACUCUACAGUUGUUAUGGGAUGAUGAUAGCCCGAGUUCGUACGGCCCGCACGGCUUAUCUGUAGUAAUGGCCAGGAAUCGACAUUAUUUAGCCAUCACUUGA